AAAUUCGACACUAAGCGAGAAUCUCGAAGUUGACGACGACCAGCGAAUCCCCGAAGGGUCGAUAAUUCCAAGCACAGCAAUACCUUCGGCCGCCAGAUCUCUUCAUUCCCUCCGGAUCUGCCAAAAUGACGAAGAUCAACAAGGAACUGGCCUCUUCGCGCCGAAAGUCGCGCAAGGCCCAUUUCGGUGCUUCCUCCGGCGAGCGACGAGUUAUCAUGAGCGCUCCAUUGAGCAAGGAAUUGAGAGAAAAGCACAAUGUUCGCUCAAUACCCAUUCGCAAGGACGACGAGGUCACCAUCGUUCGCGGCACCAACAAGGGCCGUGAGGGCAAGAUCACCAGCGUCUACCGCCUCAAGUAUGUCGUUCACGUCGAGCGCGUGACUCGUGAGAAAUCGAACGGCCAGAGCGUCCCUAUCGGCAUCCACCCCUCCAAAGUCGUCAUCACCAAGCUCAAGCUGGACAAGGACCGCGAGAGCAUCUUGGAGCGCAUGGGCAAGGGAAGAGAGACCAGAGCGAAGACUGCGUCCGCAUAAGUGUAAAGACCUGGGGCUGCUUCGUUCUUGUUAGUAAUGACAGGGGGUUCUUUAUUUUUUCCAACUUUUUCCCGGAAAAAAAGAAACGAAAUGAAUAAAUGGGACCUCUGAUGGCAUGAGUUCUUUCAACUGGAGUUUUCUACAAGGCAGGCUCUGUUAUGUUUGGGCGUUUUCUCCUCCAACCUUUUCUUCGCAUGCCACACCCCCUCCCCCGUCUCUCGAUUUUCUGCAGUCGAUGCUGAAAAUAGUCGAUCACUGCCCAUGUCACAUCCAACAGCUGAGAAAAUAUCACAGGAGAAAAUUCACAGGUCCAAGUUUUUCUUUUUGUGCUCUCUG